GAAGUCCCUCCGUGCACGUCUACUUCCUUCCUUAGAGCAGCUUCCGUCGCGCAUUAUUGACCAUUGGCAUGUUGCUCUCCCAGAAGCUCUUUGUGGCUGGCAGUCUCAUCAGACAACAUUGCACCAGGACACAGUUGCCUGUCCUCACACUCUUCACAAAGGACCCAUGCCCUCUGUGCGAUGAAGCAAAAGCAGAACUUGAACCAUAUAAACACAGGUUUGAGCUGCAGGAGGUUGAUAUCACCCUUCCAGAGAAUAGAGUCUGGUUUGACAGAUACAGAUUUGACAUUCCUGUCUUUCAUUUAAAUGGACAGUUUUUGAUGAUGCACCGUGUGAACUCAACUCUCCUUGAAAAACAUCUAAGUAAAGCAAUUGAACAAUAAUACUCAA